AUGGCUGCAGGAUCUCCUUCAGGAUCUUGUGGGGGUGCAAUUGAACACUUAUUACCCGCUCCUGAUCCUCUACUUUAUGGCGUUUGGAAAGCCUUUGCUCCCUCCAACGUCAAGGCUUUUACUUGGAGGCUACUUCUUGACAGACUUGCUACCUUGGACAACCUGCUACGCCGCCGUGUCAUUGUGUCUCUUGGUGACGCUUCCUGUAAGCUGUGUCAUAACCAUAUGGAAACUAGCUUCCACUUGCUGUUCUCUUGCGCUUUCUCCCAGCAAGUGUGGCAACGCUGUUUUUCUUGGCUUGGGAUGGUUGCCUUCUCUUCCACCAGUCCUCGCGAUCAUCUUCUGGCUUUUCGAUUGGGACACAAUAGCUUGCAGCUCCGUGUGGCUCGUGCGAUCUGGAUGUCAAUUGUUUGGUCCCUAUGGCUGGCUAGGAAUGAGUUAAUCUUUAGAGAUGAUCCUGUUGAUGUAGGGACAAUUAUUGAAUUGGUGCAGUGUCGGUCUUGGCAUUGGAUCAAAGUUAAUGUUGCUGGCUUCCCCUAUUCAUUUGCUGCUUGGUCGUUGUCUCCUCUUAAUUGUAUUAUUGGGUUGUAG